UUUAAGGAAAUGGCGGAUGUUGAGUACGAUGAACAUGAUGAAGAAAGAAGCAGUGCUAGUAGAGUUGGUGCUGGUAGUGGGUAUAAUGGAGACGAAGAGGAAGAGGAGGCAACCAGUUCACUGACAAUGAGUGAAGUGCACACUCGUGGUCGUGUUUUACUUCGUACUAAUCCAAGAAACUCAAUAGCAAUAUUCACUGCUCCUUAUGAUGACGACGACGAUGAUAACUAUAGCAACAGUGACAAGGAGACUGCCACUAGUACUGACCUGUAUGAGGUCCAGUGGUCUGGUAUUGUACUAACGACUGAUUCUGUACGGAAACUCGUUAGUCAAAGCCACGCCUUCUUUAUGGAGCUACAGGAGUAUGCAGGGAAAGGAAUGGAUCCUGAUGUGUGUGUCAAAUACAGUCGACUAUACAGGGUAGCUUUGUAUGAGUGCACUCAAGGACUGAACUAUGAGUGUGA